AUGGCCGUCUUCCCAGCCAAACGUUUCCGCUCGAGCUCGUACAAUGGCACCAUGCCCGCCAGAUACCGUGCGCUUCUCGCAAAGCACCCUUUCGCCCUCUUCGGUCUUCCCUUCAUUGCGACAAUGGUCCUGGGCUCUUUCUUCUUGACCCCCGCUACCGCCAUCCGAUACGAAAAGCACGAUCGCAAGGUCAAGCAGUUGACUAAAGAAGAAGAGCUUGGUAUCGGAAAGGACAGACGAAGAAUAGAUCUGAAAGAAGAAUACUAUAAACUCGCGGCAAAAGAUCUCGACAGCUGGGAGCAGAAGAGAGUCAAGAGACUACCCGGCGAGCACGAUGGUAUCCUCUAG